AUGGAUUCUUGGGUGGGCGCAGAAAACCCGCUAUCUAGCACUUUUGGCGGGUUAGGAAAUGGAAUCACUGAUGUACUCAAUUUUUCAGAUCCGUUAUUAAGUCAAAUCAUAAAUUCAAAAAAGGCAUUGCAAUUACUAGACUCGGAAUUGGCAUCCGCGGUAGUACCUGGAGAAACCAGCGAUAGCGAUAUCACCACUGGUGAAAGCAGAGAUAGAUCCAUUAUCGAACUUCUCAUAAGCUCAAGUGAUGGUGAUUUAGUGAGUUUGGAGCACGUCUUGCGUGCACACCCUGAAUUGGUCAACAAGUUGUAUCCCAAUGAGAGUGGCGGGGUAUCAGCAUUGAUCUAUGCAAUUUGUUUCAACAAUGACGAUGUGGCGACAUCAUUGUUGGAGAACCACAACGCCGAUCCAGACUUGCAUGAUACCGUUGUAUACUACACGCCAAUCAUGUGGGCUGUGUAUUUGAAUCAAAUAGACAUGGUGAAGUUAUUGAUCAAUUCCCAAGCUGAUCCUUACUUGUGUCCUAGAGAUGAUGGUAAAAAUGCAAUCACGUUGCUUAAUCCCGAAUCUCACGAAAUUGUUGAGUAUUUCAAGUCGCAUAACUUGUUGAAACAUCAAGGAGCUGAAACAAAUGACCACGAUAUAUUCACCACAAAUACAUUUACUCCGAAUGAUGAGUUUGAAGAUGAUCUUCUGACAAAGUUGAAAAUGCAAACGUUGUCGGCGACAUACGAGGAUGAGAAUGAAGACGAACCAGUACAUGAGGCAGAUGACGAGAAUGCUCUUGCUCAAGACCCAAUCAUACCAAGACUACCUGAUUUUGAGUACGAGAAAUUGUUACCUGAACAAUACAUUAAAUUCACAGACAGUGAUAUCCCAUCAUUGAUCAAUUACAUAUUCAAAUUACGGUCAGAUUUGACUUAUCAACAUAACACCAGAGUCCCAGCGGCUAUCUUGUUUCAAUUGGUGAGAUUUUCGCAUUUGAAAGUAGACUCAAACGAGUUGACUGAGUUUUUGUUUGAUUGCUUUACUGCAAGAUUGAGAUCUAUCACCAAUACCAAGUCUGGAGCGUUCAAUAUGGCAUUACAGGAAGACACCAGUGCCAUGGGUGCAGGAGAUAUAGUUCUACUCAGUUACUGGCUUUCGUCAUUGCAGUUUUUGCAUUUUUAUUUCAGCAAGGGGAAAAUAUACCUCAAAUUUCCUCGUUUUUUACAAGAGAUUAUUAACCUUGUGCAAUCAUUGAUUGCUACAUUGUCAUUCUCCAUUAAUUCACGUUUGAACUUGAUAGUCAAUGACUGUAUUUUGAACUUCACCAGUUUGAUUGAUGUCUCGAAUACUCUAUACGCCAAAGAUUGGAACCUUUUCAAAAAGAACAAGUCACACCCUAACAAUUAUGAUGAUAUUCUAAACACAUUGUACCCCCCGACGCAGAAUGAGUUGAUGAAACCUUCCCCAGUCAGAUAUAUCCAAGUUCUUGGUGCUUUGGACUAUGUAUUAAAGAUCCACAGCGUUGAUAAGCUUUUCCGAGUGCAAACUUUUUCGCAAGUGUUUUACUACAUUGAUUGUGUUAUAUUCAAUAGCAUCAUUAGUCAAAGCAAGUACUGUACCAGAGCCAAAGCUGUGCAAAUCCGACUCAAUCUUUCGGCAAUCGAGGACUGGCUACGGUCUCGAGACUUGAAAGUGUAUAAGCACGAUGAUAUUGGGGGGUUAAACAAGUUGGUUGGUGACUCAAAUGUUCAAUUGCACAAUUUGUUGAGUGAGGAUAAUUCAUUGCUGAAGAAGGAUCCUCGGAAUUUGAGCUUUUACUACGAUUCAGUUUACCAUAUUUGUAAGAAUCAGUUACAACCUACGAUAGAGUUGUUACAAUGGCUCCAAUGUAUGACAUCGUUGACGGAUGAAGAAAGUUUGAUCAAUACCAUCAAUCAAUUUGACUAUUUGAACUAUUAUCAGUUGUACAAGGUAGCAUACAAAUUGUAUAAAUAUGCAGUUGAUGAACCCAAACUCCCCAAAAAGUCGGUCAACUUCAUCAAGGCUUUGAUGAAUGAACAAGGUGAAAAUCAAGUCAGCAAAAGUUUCCAACAUUACAUGACACAAUCGACGUUUUUAUCAAAAGAAGUGUAUGUGUAUUUGAAUCCCAAUUAUGUUUUUGAGAUUGCCUUGCCUAACCUCAAUGAAUUAAUCAAUACUUAUGGAUCUGGAACUGGUGGGGUUCGGGUAUUGAGAGCGAAAAAGUACCAACCUACUUUACCUAUAAGUGUCGUUGAUGAUAUCGAUGACAUAAUAACGGAAAACCGGAAUUUGGAACUGAAUGAUACGUAUGAUUACGAAAAGGAUGAGGAAGACAAUGAAGAACAUGUUGAGAGUAAAGAUGGUGAUCAAGAUGGCGACGAAAACGAGGGCACUACGAGCAAGCUUGCUACUGAUAAGCAAAACUUCAAGGGAGAUGAGUUGUUCAAAAGCGUACAAAUGCCAAGCUCCCUUAUGCAUAGAAACUGGGGCGACUCAGACGAUUUCGAAACUAAUCCAUGGUAA